UGGCACAUGUAUGGAUGUGUUAGUAUAUCGCAAUGGAUGACGGUAGCCAAAUCACCAAAUUCUUAUAGAAGACAGUUUCGAAAUUUGCUUUUUCCCGUACAUAAUUCGUCCGAUCAGUGCUCAAGCGUGUGUGAAUAUCGUGUAAAAGUAUCCUGUGAAUCAGUGCCGGGAGCAGAAACAGCAUCACAAUGGUGGAUAAAUUCAUAAGCAUGUGGAAAGUGCGCGAGCUGGCGGAUAAAGUAACGAACGUGGUUAUGAACUAUACUGAAAUUGAAGGGAAAGUUCGAGAAGCAACAAACGAUGAUCCAUGGGGUCCUACCGGUCCAUUAAUGCAAGAAUUAGCGCACUCCACAUUUACAUAUGAACAUUUUCCAGAGGUUAUGUCAAUGCUAUGGAAACGCAUGUUACAAGACAAUAAAACAAAUUGGCGUAGAACAUAUAAAAGCUUAUUAUUACUAAACUAUUUGGUUCGAAACGGUUCUGAACGAGUUGUUACGUCAGCUAGGGAGCAUAUUUAUGAUUUACGGUCGCUUGAAAACUACACGUUUACAGAUGAAAAUGGAAAAGAUACAGGGAUAAACGUUCGACAUAAGGUGCGUGAAUUGAUAGAUUUCAUCCAAGAUGAUGAAAAGCUACGUGAUGAAAGGAAAAAGGCGAAAAAGAAUAAAGAUAAGUAUAUUGGAAUGAGCUCGGACGCAAUGGGCAUGAAAUUCAAUGCCAGAGGUUACAACGAAAAUUGGAAUACACCAAGAGCCGAUGAUAGAAAUUGGUAUUCAGAUGAACGUGCCGAACGACGUUAUGACGAUGACGAUUGCCAAUAUGAGGGUGAACGAGAAGAUUCCGAGAACGACUCACCUGGACCCACUGCUAGAAGAUAUCGAGACAAAGACAGAACAAGUCCUCCAGAAAUUGUUCCCGAACCAGCAACCAACAAAACAAUCAAUGUCAAUCUAAAGCCAACUGUAAAACAAUCACAACCAUCAAAAACAAUAUCGAGUAGUAAAAAAAUCGAUAUGGGUGCAGCCUCCAAUUUCGGCAAACCCAAAGAUUUUGGUAUUCAUUCACCAACACAUCGUGAUACCCCCACCGAAGAUCUAUUUUCGCCAAAUAACAACACUGCAAUUGUAGAAAAUGUUAGCAGUGCACUCGAUGAUGUUUUCAAAACAUGCAGUCCAACCAAUCAACGAACUGCACCAUCAAAUAAUAUCAAUUCAAAAACGGAUGAUGAUGAUUUUGCUGACUUCAACCCUAGAGCAAAUGAAGAUAAUCAAGAAUUUGGAGAUUUUGAAAGUGCUUUUGGUGCUGCUCCGAUAAAUACACUUCCAACAACUGCAUUACCCACUAGUACAAUUCCUAUCAUUCCACCGGCUACGAUUGCAACGAAGAAAGAUGACGAUUUUGCAGAUUUCGCUGCAUUUACUGGUUCGGAGCCAACAACAACGCCAUCACUGAAUGCAAACAGCCAAUUGCAAAGUGAUCUACUUUUUGGUGGUGAAACCCUGAAACAGGAUCCAUUGAGUUUAUAUGCCAAUCAUAAUACGUCAUCGCUUUCUGGUGCUGAUUUAUUGUCAGGAUUAGGUGAUUUGACCAUCAAUACUGGAGGCUUGAAUGCUGCAUCAUCGAAGGACGGAUCGUAUUCGAAACACCUCCUGAAUGCUAUCGAACAAUUUCGGACGAUAAUGAAACAAAACGAUAACAUUACAUCGGAAAAGGACAUCGUGAAAAUCGAAAACACCGUUUUGGACAUUUUAAAGUAUUUACCAGGACCAAGCACUCCCGAAAAAUUGUUAGGAGUAGACACGGACCUUUAUGACUGGACUAACUUUGCAGACACCGACUAUCGAAGUAUAUUGGACGAAAUCGGCAGCAGAUUUAAUUCUUCAUGGCCUGUGUAUGAUGGGAAAUGGUCUAAACCGAUCUUUGACCUGUAUCAAAUCGAUCAUAAUUGUAGAUUCGUUUUUGAAAGUAUUUCAAAUUUAUUGAAUCUCAUCAAUAGGAAAACGCCAGGAUGCGUUGACUUAUUAACUUCAGUUGUUUACCACGAAUCACGUCUAGCUUCUGUUUUCGUUGAAAUGAGCUCUCAACAUUUUUGCGAUCCCACCAAAAUGGAUAUAUCGAAUAUCGCAAAACAACAGUUGAAAGACCAAUUACUACAGCUCCUCAUUAGCUUGCCGAAUAAAGUCGCUAACGCAUUUCAAACUGAAACUCCUACAAUAUUUCUGCCAAAGAAAUACGGUCGGUUGUUAACACAACAAUUCAUAAAGUCUCUCUACUUCAUUUCAAAAGCCAAUCAAAUUCAUGGCGGAAAAUAUUUUGAAUUUAAAUAUUUAGCCCAGAUUUUGAGCCGAAUUAUUAUCAACUAUCACGUAGUACUGAAAUCUGAUUUGACUUCAGCAUUGCGAAUAUUGUCACAUUUGACUCGGGAUGAAUUUCAAAAGAAGUCAAUAAAUGAAGUGUUUGCUCUAUUGGACCGCAACGCUAUGCAACCCGUCACUAUGCUGAUGCUUGAAGGCGACAUAAUGCUUUUCGAUGUCAUCGAUUCAUCAAUAUUCAAGUCACAAAGCUGGAAAUAUUGCAUAACAGAAAAUUUGCCGCUUUUAUCCGUUUUGACAGAAAAUCGGCAUGUUACGAAGUUAAUAGAAUAUAUCGCAACCGCAUCAGGACAAGCCACUCAAGAAUUUGAGAAGAAGACGCUGAUAAAUUUGCUGUUUGAAUUGCUUAACAAUUGGUCUAAUAAAAGCGCUACGCAUAAAGGUAGCAUGCAACAGCACAUCUACGUAACCAAAUUAGUUAUAUCGACAGUGCAACAUUUGAAUCUCAUGGCACAGUUGAAACUAGUCGAUUCUGAAAGGUUUGAGGUGAAAAAGAAGUUGUUCGAUGGCUUGAAGCAUCAUUUGGAGUCGUCCAAUAUAAACAUUAGACAACUUGGAAUGUUAACCGCAGAAAUUAUAAUCGGGCUCUUGGAAACCGAUCCCAAGGUUGAAAAGUUGAAAUUUGAGUACGUGACAUUGGAUGAUGCUAGUAAGGAGUUACUUGAUACCCUUAACAGUUUGAAGGUUAGUGAAACGUUUUUGAGUACUCUACCCAAAGAAUUUUCAACCGAUGACUCGAAUAACUUUGAAAGUAUAAUAGAAGAGUUUUUCCGAACAGAUUUAUCAGAAUAUGAAAUAACUUUUGAAAAACCCGUUGUGCAACCAAUUAAGUGCACAGAAGAAGAUGGUACACAGCCUAACAUAACAAAUAAUAUCCAAGAGCCUAUGGAAAGUGAGGAAUUACUUGACUCAGAUGACGACUUAGUACCAUAUGAUAUGUCCAACGACAUUCCAAUUAUAAUGGAAAAACGAGCUCGAUUUUUGCAAGAUCUAAGAGAUGCUCUGAUUUCCACUGAUGACCCUGAUGUGUUUCAAAGCAGUUUGGAAUGCUCGACAACACUCAUCAAAGAACAACUAGCCAGCAACGAUACUACGUUAGCUAUUGAGCUCUUAAGUCUGUUCCUAACUCUUCAAAAGAAAUUUUAUUUCGAAGGUGCCUUCGAGGAAUUAAAAUGCAUCAAUUGUGUUACCAUUUCUACCAUAUAUCCCAAAGAAUGUGCAGAAUAUUUGUGCAAAGAAUUUCAUUCAGAUGACGGAAGCUAUUCGAUUGCGUUGCGAAUGACUAUGCUCACCAUACUGGCUCAAACAGCUAAGGCUCUCUCUGGUAGUCAGGAGCCAACACCAGAACCACCGGCGAGGCCCACUAAAAAAACUGUUCGAAAACUCCUCAAAGAAGAAGAGAAUAUCCGAUUGAAAGAAGCCAAACGAAUUAUUCGUGACAGAAUCAAACUGAAAACACGCUACUAUUUUUCGAAAAGAUCAAACGACAUUCAUCAACCACAAGGAAGUGUCAACCGAUUCUCGGCUGUAGCAGGCUCAUUUUUCUUCCCACUGAUACGAGGUGCACGAAAAGACCGAAUUAUUUCAAUAAAAACAUCUCAAUCGCGCAAUCAAAAUAUCGAUUCAGAUCUCCUGGUGCAUUUCUUAAACACUUUGACUGCUAUAAUUGUAUGUGCUGAGCACGCACCUAUUUUACGACAAAUGGCACAGGAAAUAUUCGAAAUGUACACUUUCAUUCGAUUCAGUGCAGACGCAAUGGUUAGAUUAAGUGUACUCCAAUUGGUUGGUUCAGUGCUGUGUACGGUACCACGAGAUAUACUACGCAACGAAUUUUUCAAUGAAAUGGUUGAAGUUAAGAAUUGGCUUGAAGAGUGUACAAAUUGUUCAAUUAUUCGUGGAGAAAAGAAUGAAUAUUGCAGAGAAAUGGCAACAAAAGUUUUAUCGUUAUGUAUUCAGAUAUUGAUGGAAUGAAUUGUAUCGUUGCAGGAAAUAAAUGA